UAACAGACAUGCAGUUUAUGAACCGGUUAUGCACUGAUCUGAGAUAUGAGUUUGUGUGUAGUGUAUGUGUGUGUUUGGGGGAAAGAAAGAAAGAGAGAGAGAGAGAGAGAGAGAGAGAGAGAGAGAGAGAGUGUGUGAGUUAGUUAGUGAGUGAGUGUAAGUUUCAGUGUUUGAGUCAGCUGUACAAUAAUAUACCCAUGAAUUCUACUGCAAUUGUCGUUUUUAAACAGGUGUUGAUGAUGGCAGUGGAUUGGGCUGGUUAUGGAUACGCAGCACUAGUAGCAUCUGGAGGAGUCAUAGGAUAUGUCAAAGCAGGCAGUGUCCCGUCCCUGGCAGCAGGGCUACUCUUUGGGGGUUUGGCUGGUUUCGGUGCUUACCAGACAUCACAAGAUCCCAAAAAUAUUUGGGUGUCUUUAGCUGCAUCUGGAACACUUGCUGCUAUCAUGGGGAAGAGAUUCUAUAACUCACGCAAAAUCAUGCCAGCUGGUCUCAUCGCUGGAGCGAGUGUCUUGAUGCUGGCAAAACUUGGAGCCGGAAUGCUACAGAAACCUCAGCAAUCAUGAUGCCCAAACAGAAAUCACUGUCUGCAUUCAUUCAAAUGUAGUAAUGCUUGCUGAACGACAUGUCAUUAUUGCUUAUUGUCCUUAUGGGUAUUUUGUAUAAAAUGUACAAUAAAAAAUAGUUGUAAGGUGAAUUUCUGAAUUAAAGACUUGUGUUAAAAACA